GGACGGUCACUCAGGCAGCAUGGCUCGUACCCAGCAGGCUGCUCAGGCUAACAUCACCCUGCAGGAGCAGAUUGAGGCCAUCCACAAAGCUAAAGGUCUGGUACAGGAGGACGACACCAAGGAGAAGAUCGGCCCCAGCAAGCCCAACGAGAUUCCUCAGCCACCCUUGCCAUCAGUAGUCCCCAGCCUGCCCAAACCCACCCCACCCAUCAGCACCACACUUGCUAUGGCACCUCCAGUGCGGACCACAUUGCUCCCUGCGGUUCCUAUCAUACCCAGACCUCCAGUGGCCCCUGUGGUGCGCCUGGCCCCCGGGCAAGUUCUGGCCCCCAUGCCACCCAUGCUGCAUGCCCCUCGCAUCAAUGUGGUGCCUAUGCCGCCCUCUGCACCCCAUAUUAUGGCACCCAGACCUCCACCCAUGGUGGUUCCUGCUGCAUUUGUUCCAGCUCCCCCUGUGCCUCAACCUCCCAGCUCUGUUGCCGCCCCUAUGCCUCCUGCCCAUCCUCCACCUCCUCACGAGGACGAGCCUUCCAGCAAGAAAAUGAAGACCGAGGACAACCUGAUUCCAGAAGAGGAGUUCCUGCGCAGGAACAAGGGACCUGUUGGAGUCAAGGUCCAGGUGCCCAACAUGCAGGACAAGACAGAAUGGAAGCUGAGUGGCCAAGUGCUGAACUUCAACCUGCCUCUCACAGACCAGGUGUCUGUCAUCAAGGUUAAGAUCCAUGAAGCCACUGGAAUGCCGGCUGGAAAACAGAAGCUGCAGUAUGAGGGAAUUUUCAUCAAAGAUUCCAACUCUCUGGCCUAUUACAACAUGAACAAUGGAUCCGUGAUUCAUCUGGCCCUUAAGGAAAGAGGAGGAAGGAAGAAGUAGAUUGCUCAUAUUCAUCAUCUCCGUUUCAAUCCUCAACAUUUAUUGUGGUUAUAACCCUACUACAUUUGUACACUUCAAAGAACUUGUGCUGUGCUCUGUAGAAAAAGUAAUAGAAGUAAUCAGUGUCUUGUGAUUAUCUUACCAAUGUGUUUAAACAUUCAGUGUAUGAAUGAUUAAAUAAGACAACAUUUAAUAUUGGCAGUAGUCUCAUAGCAAACUGCCCUAUUUUUAGUUUCACUUUUCACCGAGGUGAUCGUGUUAAAUAUUUGAAAAUCUCAAGUUAAGCAUUGAAACAUUGCAUUUUGUUGGAUGCAAAAUAAAUACUUGUCUCUUUGGAAAACGUACCUAAUAAAUUUCAAUAAGA